AUGCCUAAACGACCGAAUGCAUCCCCGGGGGACCACUGGGCAAAGAGGCAGCAGACGGGGGACCUGAGAAAAAAUGACGAAUCUGUCAAUAGCGCCGAGGCAUCAGAUCAAGCGUUGACAUUGCUUGCAGAACAGGCGGAUGAGCUCGUAGAUUGUCUUCAAUCCUUGAAGCGCCAGUUUUCACAGAGCAAGAACCCUUCAGAGCUCCGGCUUGGAAGUGUAAAAUCACGACUGUCUCGAUUGACCAAGCAACUGCUUCCUUCAUUUCAGAUUAUCGGAUCUCUUGAGGAGCCUGAGCCUGAGACUCCCCAGCCCAUAAUUGAGACAACACCAACGGCGUCGGUAGUCACCCAUGACACUUCUGGCAUACCCUUGCUCUCUAAUAUCAGGGUGACACCAUGGACUUCUUCGGAGAUUCGGCAAGAGUGGCCACCUCUACCUCCUAUUUUGGACCCUAAACUUACUGAAGAGGUAUUCACGCAUCCCGGACUUGGAUUGAACAACUAUGAGCGCCUAGAAUGGCUAGGCGAUGCAUAUCUCGAGCUUAUCGCGAGCUCUCUCAUUCACCAAACAUUCACGCAGUUGCGUUCUGGGGCUUGCUCUCAACUCCGCGAGAGAUUGAUUCGGAACGUCACUCUCGCCGAGUACUUUCGACACUAUGAAAUGUCUCAGUGGGCCAAGCUUCCGGGUGCCUUUGGUGAUUACAGGGGUCACGGGCGAGGCAGGUCAAAGGAUAAAGACUUGGUCAAGACACAGGCCGACAUGUUCGAAGCCUAUGUCGCGGCCGUCAUUCUCUCGGAUCCUCAACAAGGCCUUACGAAAGUGGUGGAGUGGCUGAAAACACUCUGGGGUAGGACUAUCAAGGAAGAUAUCUGCAAGGCCGAAGCAGCAAAAAAGCGAUCAGAAGCUCAACCAACAGCGGCGGAGGUGACAAGCUCAAAUGCAAAGCAGCAGCUGAGCGUGAAAAUCGUAGCUAAAGGGGUUACGAUUGACUACAAGGAUCUCCCUGGCGAGAAGAAGGACAAGAAUCUUGGACUACCUCUGUUUACUGUUGGAGCAUAUCUUACCGGCUACGGCGAGGUUGGAAGACUAUUGGCAGUUGGCACAGCCCUAAGCAAAAAGGAUGCUGGACAAAAAGCAGCUGAGACGGCAUUGCAGAACAAGCGACUGAUCCAGGCAUACGAGGAAAAGAAGAGGCAGUAUAUGCAAGCUAGAGACGAGAGUUCGGUUGUGAACGGCCUUUUAUCUGGGUGGUGA